AUGUAUGAUGUUAUUUCAACAGAAGCUAAUAAUAAAAAGGAGAAUAUUCAAAAUGAUAAUGCCAACGAUCCAUGGUCAUCAACGAACUACCAUAUCCACGCAUCAUUCGUUCCAUCCUUAGUAACCACCGAUCUUAUCGCCCUUCUCUCCCCGCAAUCACAUGAAAAAAUCCUAGAUCUAGGAUGCGGCGAUGGAAAACUUACCGUCCAAAUCCAGAAUCAAUGUCAAAUGUGUAUUGGUAUUGAUAAAAGUGCGAAUAUGGUGGCGGCAGCGAAAAAUAAUGGGUGUCGUGAUGCGAGAGUUGUCGAUGCGGAUCGGUUGGGUGAAUGGGUGGAGAGCGAGGGAUUUGUGGGGAUGUUUGAUAAGGUUUUUUCUAAUGCUGCGAUACAUUGGAUGAAAAAUACUGAAGCGGUAAUUGAGGCAGUUCGGAAAUGCUUAAAGCCAGGUGGAAAAUUUGUAGCAGAGAUGGGUUGUUCAGGAAAUUGUCAAGAAAUUGAAAACGCAUUAAUCGCAUCGCUAAAUAAACGAGGAUUCAACGGAAAAGAAUUAUCUCCAUGGAAAUUUUUAACGCCCGAAACCUACACACAAAUGCUCACCAAAAAUGCAUUUAACAUAACGUGCAUGCAACAAAUUCCACGUCCCACAUUACUCCCAACAUCGCUUUCCGGAUGGAUUGAAACUUUUGGGUUCGCGUUUCUCAAAGUACUAGAGCAACAUCACCCGGAAGAAAUUGAGGCUGUGAAACGCGAGUGUGAGGAAAUGUGUCGUCCGACAGCGUAUAAUCAGGAGACGGGAAAGUGGGUGUUGAUGUAUGUGCGAUUGAGGUUUGUUGCGGAGGCUACUUGUGGUCUACGCAUUUCUAACUCUCAUCAUCGAAAUUUAACCAUCAAAAUACGCCUACCUCAAUCUAUAAUUUCUCCCAAAAAAGAUGAACGCGAUAAAAAGACUGUUAAAAAAAUUAUUCAUCGACGUGGAUAUUUGGUAUAUUUGGCGAGAGGAAUCUCAUCCGAGAAUCCACAUAUUGAGACCAGUACAACUCCAAUGAUACAAAUUCCAGCUCCUUCGUUUUAUGUUACUUCGCCAAUUCCAUUUACGGCUAAUUGUAACUAUGUAGAUUCGAACAAAAAUGUUUACAAAAAUGGCUCGACGGCGCCAUGCAACCAUCUCCUUUCUCGAAACCAAGUUACAAUGGGCUGGGGAAAUAGUGUUUCAUCGACAAAUGCCAGCAAUAAUUCACAAGUAUAUCUUUCCCAAGACGGGAUCUUUGGAAUAACGGUACAAAUUUAUGUGAAUUCAAGCGCCACAAAGAAUCAAUUGACCGAUGCGGAAUCAGCGAUGAAUUCGGGAAUGGUGUUGAGGCUUGUGGAUGCUGAUUUUGGACAAAUUGAUCUUUCUUCGGGCAAGAAAGAGUCGGUAAACGCAAGAGAAGAAGCGUUUAAUUUGGAAAAUGCAUACAUUCUCUCACCAUAUCAAAGACACGUAGUUUGGUUUAGAAGAAUCCAAUAUAAAGAUUUAGACGGCCACAAAUUUCGAAAUGGUGCUGGAAUAAACAGCGUGACAAAUGAUUAUUAUGCGAUAACAUCUCAAAUACAGACGGUCAGUCCACAAAAUCCCGCAGCUUUUAAACCGUAUACCACCAUUGAAAUAUAUUAUCAAUCACGGAUCGUGACUACUAACGAACAAAUCAAAGAUAAGACGGUUAUGAAUCUCCUAAGUUCUAUUGGUGGUGCGUUUGGCCUCGGAAUGGGGAUAUAUGCGUUUUGUUUUGGCUCAGCACCAAUAGGUCCAUGGGGAAUUUCACAAGAACUCCCAAUGGUACGAAGAUCUCUCCGAAGAAAACUACAAUCGAAAUUUGGCGACUUUGUCCCGCUUGUUGACGAAUUUCCCAAUAGAAACAAAUUCGAUAACGGACAACAGCGACACGAAGAUAUGAAGACGGCGGCAGCAGCAGUAGCGACGAACAACCUGAGUUUUGUCUUGGACCGGAUCCAAACGCUUGAAAGACGGAGCGCGGCGUUAGAGUUGUUGCUUAGAGACUAUGUUGUUGAUAUUGGUGACUUGGAGGAAUUAAUUAAAUCUAGGGAAAAAGCAAAUAAUUCUUCUUUGAAUAAACGUUAG